UUCCGGUCGAAAGCUGCGGCGCGACCCGGCUGCGCAUGCGCGUCUCACACGUGCUGUCAGAACACCGCCUCCUCCGCUUGCGGCCGGUCUGCACCAUGCUGCGAACGUCUGUCCUCCGGCUGGUAGGACGUACGGGGGCUAGUAGGCUCUCUGUCCUGGAGGACUUCGGCCCACGCUACUACAGUUCGGGCUCCCUCGGUGCCCGCGAUGAUGCUCGUGAUGCGCGCGCCUACUUCACUACACCAAUUUUCUACGUGAACGCGGCGCCGCACAUCGGGCACCUGUACUCGGCACUACUGGCGGACGCCCUAUGCCGCCACCGUCGCCUCCGAGGUCCCAGCACGGCCGCCACGCGAUUCUCUACUGGUACCGACGAGCACGGGCUCAAGAUUCAGCAGGCAGCAGCUACUGCGGGCCUGACCCCGACCGAGCUGUGCGACCGAGUCUCCGAGCAUUUCCAGCAGCUUUUCCAGGAGGCCGGUAUCUCCUGCACUGAUUUCAUCCGCACCACGGAGGCCCGGCACCGGGUGGCUGUGCAGCACUUCUGGGGGGUGCUUAAGUCCCGCGGUCUGCUGUACAAGGGCGUCUAUGAAGGUUGGUAUUGCGCCUCCGACGAGUGCUUCCUGCCUGAGGCCAAGGUCACCCGGCAGCCGGGCCCAUUGGGGGAUUCGUUUCCUGUAUCUCUCGAGAGCGGGCAUCCAGUCUCCUGGACCAAGGAAGAAAACUACAUUUUCAGGCUUUCCCAGUUCCGGGAGCCACUCCAGCGGUGGCUGCGGAGCAACCCUCAGGCGAUCACCCCCGAACCAUUUCAUCACGUAGUUCUUCAGUGGCUGGACGAGGAGCUGCCCGACCUGUCCGUGUCUCGCAGAAGUAGCCACUUGCACUGGGGCAUUCCGGUGCCCGGGGAUGAUUCGCAGACCAUCUAUGUAUGGCUGGAUGCCCUGGUCAACUACCUCACUGUAAUUGGCUACCCAAAUGCUGAGUUCAAAUCUUGGUGGCCGGCCACCUCUCAUAUCAUAGGUAAGGACAUUCUCAAAUUCCAUGCCAUCUAUUGGCCUGCCUUCCUCUUAGGGGCCGGCAUGAGCCCGCCACAGCGCAUCUAUGUCCAUUCCCACUGGACAGUCUGUGGCCAAAAGAUGUCCAAGAGCUUGGGCAACGUGGUGGAUCCUAGGACUUGCCUUAACCGCUAUACUGUGGAUGGCUUCCGCUACUUUCUCCUGCGGCAGGGCGUCCCCAACUGGGACUGUGACUACUAUGAUGAAAAGGUGGUUAAGUUGCUGAACUCCGAGCUGGCAGAUGCCUUGGGAGGUCUCUUGAACCGAUGCACUGCCAAAAGAAUAAAUCCUUCUGAGACCUACCCAGCCUUCUGCACUACCUGCUUCCCCAGUGAGCCAGGGUUGGUGGGGCCAUCAGUUCGUGCUCAGGCAGAGGAUUAUGUUCUGGUGAGCUCAGUGGCCACUUUGCCAAAGCAGGUAGCAGACCACUAUGAUAACUUUCAGAUAUAUAAGGCUCUAGAGGCCGUGUCCAGCUGUGUCCGGCAAACUAAUGGUUUUGUCCAAAGGCAUGCACCAUGGAAGCUGAACUGGGAGAGCCCAGUGGAUGCUCCCUGGCUGGGUACUGUGCUUCAUGUGGCCUUGGAAUGUUUGCGAGUCUUUGGGACUUUGCUGCAGCCUGUCACCCCAAGCCUAGCUGACAAGCUGCUGUCCAGGCUGGGGGUUUCUGCCUCAGAAAGGAAUCUUGGAGAGCUCUAUUUCUUGCCUCGAUUCUAUGGACAUCCAUGCCCUUUUGAAGGGAGGAGGCUGGGACCUGAAACUGGGCUUUUGUUUCCAAGACUAGACCAGUCCAGGACUUGGCUGGUGAAAGCCCACCGGACCUAGAAACUCAGUUCUUACCGGCUUGUGGUAAAAAAGCAAAUGUGUUAUUUUUUUAUUUCUUAUUUUCAGGAAAGUUAUACUAGUAUUUUCUUAAGUUUGGAAUCAAAUGAGCACAUAAGCUCUGUCCCUGUGAAAAGAGGUUUGUAGGCUUUCAGGUGCCACUGUCCUUUGUGCAUUGUGUGUCUAAGACGUCUUCAGGGGAAAGAUGGGUAAGAGACAGUGUUGCUAAUGGUGUUCCUUCUUUGUGCCUCCUUCCAAACCACACUUGUUUGCCCAAACUACCUCUCAUGGCUUGUUUUUCAUUGGCCUGGCCUCUGCUUCUCAGGCUAAUUAGUGGAGUCACUCCUUUCAUUGAGGGUCAGGGUUGGAGGCCCCUUACCGGGGCUUUUACAGGGGGAUCCUACCUUGUUACACAUGUUGGGUUUCCUGAUAAAAAGAGAGUAUUUUAUUAAACCUUUGAACCAGUGUCCUAGACCAGAUGAUUUUUGCCCAUCUGCAUCCCCAUUUAAAUCCCUACAACUAAGGCUCCUUGCUUUAAUAGUCCAACAGUUGGGUUGUGUAACAUCACACUUCAACCAGUAGAUGGCUCUAGUUUCACACAUUUAAUUACUAAAGAUUGAUGUUUCAGAAUAUUUAGAAUAAAUUCGUUUUCUGCUUUCUAAUUUUGCAGAUCUUUACAUUUUUAUUGCUUUUCUUAAAAUAAGGGAUAGCUUUGCAACCACUAUUGUUUUAAUGGAAAGCAGAAAACCCCCCAAACUUAUCAGAAUCCUCGUUCUUUUUCAGACUACUGAAAAAUGACAUUUACUCUGUUAAAUGUUUAAUAAGUGAAUAAGUAAAUGUAUCAAGUUGUUUAUAUAAUAAAUUAUAAAACUC